AAUCGUUUAGAAGUUAGAAAGUGAUCAUCCGUGUAAAUACAAUAAUACAAAUCUAAAAGUUUAUAUUAAUAUUAAGAUUUGAUAUCAAAACAAUUUUAUAUAUAUAAUAAAUAAAAUUAAUUUAUUUUUAAAGUGACAUUAUAAAAAUGUUAUCUUUUAAGGUUGGUUCUAUGUUCAGAAUUAUUAUAAAUGAUACAAUUCGUCGACAAACUGGACAUAUCGGAAUCUUAACAAAACCCUUCUCCGAAUUAGUGGGAGUAAAAAACGAGGAUGUAAAGCCUAAUCUUGACAAAUUAUAUAAAAAAAUAGAAAUUGAAGUAAGAGGAAAUGAUCCUGCAGUACUUAAAAGUUAUGGUAAAUUUACUGAAAUGACUGCGGGUCAUUUAGGAAUUAAUAUGUUAAGAAAUACGACGCCAAGAAAACCUAUAUUUGAACGACUAACAGUGUUAAAAUCUGUACAUGUACAUAAAAAACAUCGCGUACAAUAUGAAACCAGAACUUAUUACAGAUUUAUGGACUUUGCCAAAUUGACUGGAUCAACUGCAGAUACUUUUUUAGAAUAUCUUCAAAGAAAUUUACCGGAAGGUGUAGCAAUGAAAGUUACAAAGGUUGAAUUACAAAAGUUACCAGAAUCUAUACAAACGCCACCGACUGUUACUUAAUUUUGUACAAAUUAUUGAAGAUAUAUUAUCAUAGUGCACAUAGUAAGUUAAACGGAAUCGCUCGUUAAAUUAAAAUAAUUUUUAUCUGUAAUUCAUAAAUUACAUUUUCUAAGAGUUUUGUUUACGAAAAAAUAUAAAAUAUUACAUAUUCAUACUUACUUUUUGAAGUCUAUCAUAUAUUACGCGUGAUCAAUUAUUUUCAGCGAUUUUAUUAAAGCUACAUUUUUCUGGCAGAAAGAAAAAUGUCCUUUUUAUGAUUAUGAUGAUUUAAUGGUAAUAACAUUAGUCGAUAUUCCAAAUGGUUUCUUGAGUGCAUUAUGUUGAAGCUCAGGUAGCGGAUUUUUCUUUUGAAAUAUUAAAGGCUUAUCUUUAAGUACUGCGAGAAUAUUAACAGUUUUAAGAGGUGUAUCUUCAACAUCUGCAAAUUUUAAAUGUUGUUGAUCAUUGUUGCUAGAUUUAAUUCGUUUAUUGUUUCGUUGUAUUAUAGCAGUUUCGUCAAUAUUAUGUUUUCCAAUAUUAGAUGAAAUUGAUCGUGUUUUAUUUCUUUCAGUUAAAUGCGUUUUAAUUAAUUCCACAUUAGCGAUACACCUUCGUAGGAUAAAUUCAUCUGCACAC